UUGCCGAUGACGCCAGGGCGGAAGUGGGCUAUUUGAAGAGUCACGUGACCGAGGCGCGAGGAAGCUUGUAAAGAGACGACGAGCAUCCAAACGAUGGAGGUGAUCAAAGACUCUCCUGACUAUAACUGGUUUAGAAGCACGGUGCCGCUGAAAAGAAUUAUUGUUGACGAUGACGACAGCAAAGUGUGGUCCUUGUAUGAUGCAGGACCAAAGAGCAUCAGGUGUCCCGUCAUCUUCUUCCCGCCCGUUAGUGGAACUGCAGAGGUGUUUUUCCAGCAGAUGUUGACUCUGACAGGCUGGGGCUACAGAGUCAUAUCUCUGCAGUAUCCUGUGUACUGGGGUCUCAUGGAGUUCUGUGACGGCUUCAGAAAGCUCCUUGAUCACCUGCAGUUGGAUAAAGUUCACGUUUUCGGCGCAUCCUUGGGAGGUUUCCUGGCCCAGAAGUUUGCAGAGUUCACGUGCAAGUCACCCAGGGUGCACUCUUUGAUACUGUGUAAUUCUUUCAGCGACACCGCCAUCUUUAACCAGACAUGGACAGCAAACAGUUUUUGGUUGAUGCCAGCAUUCAUGUUGAAGAAGAUUGUUCUGGGAAACUUUGCCAAAGGACCCGUUGACUCAAAAAUGGCCAGUGCAAUUGAUUUCAUGGUGGAUAGGCUGGAGAGCUUGAACCAGAGUGAGCUAGCAUCACGGCUAACACUCAACUGUCAGAACUCUUACGUGGAACCGCACAGAAUACACGACGUGGCAGUGACCAUUAUAGACGUUUUUGAUCAGAGCGCACUCUCCAUCGAAGCAAAGGAGGAGAUGUACAAAUUGUUUCCUAAUGCCAGACGAGCUCAUCUGAAAACUGGAGGGAACUUCCCUUACCUUUGCAGAAGUGCGGACGUCAACCUCCACAUACAGGUCCACUUGCGUCAGUUCCAUGGGACGCGCUACGCUGCCAUCAACCCUGCCAUGGUGAUCGCUGAGGAGCUGGAGGUCCAGCAGUGCCACAGGAAAACCUCCGACGAGGAGCAAUGACCGACACUUUACCUUCCGCGCAAGUUUGACCUUUUGAUUAAAAACCACAAUUAAGGGGCGUUUCCUCAAAUGUUUAAUCCCGCGGCCAAGUAAAUGAGUUGUAUUAUUUCAUAAACCUCCUUCACAAAUGUGUAUAUACUGUAGACAUAUACAAAAUUGUUUUGGCAAAAUGAGAUGAUUUAGAAUCCAAACUAAAGAUAGUUUGUCUCGGAUCAUUUUCAUUCAACAAAAAGUCAAACUUCUCACGUCUGGCCUCUUCUCUUAAAGGCACAGUACACUUAAUGCAUUCAAUACAACCAAUCCUAGCCCUCUUUACCAAACUUCUUCCAAAUGAUUUUACGACUUUCAAAUAAAUCAAAAACAUGCAAUGACAAACAACUGCCAACUUUGGUCUUUGGCCUCCGGCUCGGUUAAUUUGCAAACUUUUGAGUUGAAGCGACAUAAAAUGUGUCCGUUCCUAUAUCAUACUUGCUUUUAACAAAAUAGUCUGUCAGCUGUUAUAAAUGUUUUUUAUUCCAAAUGGAUCAAUCACUCUUUGUCACAUUAGGUAGUUUUAAUGACUGAUUUGCCAAAGUGCCUUCAAUGAAAUCAAAUUGCAGCAAAUGUUAAGUGUUUUCUUUACAAAAACUGAAAUAAAAGAAAAAUGUACAUAACAACACAUUUGUUUUU